UUUGUCUAAUGUAAGCAGUGUUGACAACAGUGAAUUAUCCUACAUAAUAGCACACACAUGUAUUUUUCAUGUUGGGAUCUGUGCUCACCUGCAAUACUUAUACAAUAUUUUCCUUCCUGAUGUAAAUAGACAUUUUAAAUAAGCGUGUUUAAGAUGUAUGGUUAUGUAAAUCCACUUUAGAAACGUAACUUUACGGUUACUGGAGCUCCCCUGUUAGCCAUACAGAAUAAAACGUGUUUACAGCAAAAUCACAACUAUAUUAUACUGUCUAACUCCUUUAGACCUUCAACAGUUAAAACGUUUACUCUAAAGAAGUUUGACACAUCCGAUUUAAACACAAGGAACCGUGCUCACAUUUGAAAACCCCCCUCGCAUCGCUGAUCUCCUCGAUAUUGAUAAUGACGUAUCCUCUCGCGUGGCCUCCUGGGAUAGAUGAGUAUCAUGAGUACCCGUGGAAAAGCACUCAAAAAUCUGUGCGGAAGCAGUAAGCCAUCCGGGAACUUCUCACCUACUCUUUUAUGAAUAGUGAUGUUUCGAACGUACUGCUUCUUUCACGCACUGUUUUCGCCUACUAUAUAGUAAGAAAGUAGGCAUAUUCGAACACACUUUAGGAAUGCGUACGUCCGAAUUUCGCGAUAAUUAGUACCCAGGUAAUUCUCGCCUACUCUUUUGGAUUCAUUCAUUCUUUUUCCCAUGCUAAAUAGUAGGGAAGUAUGCGGUUUGGAACGCAGCCCCAAUGUGAUGAUAUCUAUGGGAAAGAGUCUGUAUGUGAUGUGAUUUAUCUGACCUCAGUGGCGCGAGGCCGCUGGCAGACGGUUGGUUUAGCCAGUCUGUCUGCUUCCUGACCUGAGCCCCAGAUUGUCAUGUUUGAGCACUAAUAAUAAAAGCCAUAUUACUAGAGAGAAGAGCUAUCUCUUUUCAACAGGUCAGGCUUGCCCCAACAACUAUUCCAAUUGUCUAUGAAUUUGAUAUUAUUAGUGGUCUAUAUAAAACAAUAGCCACUAUUAUUAUUACUACUUUUUUUGUCUUUUGCUUCUAGAGCAAUAUUUAUUUUGUGUAACUCUUCUCUACUGCUGUGAAGACAUCUCAAAUUAUGCACAGUAAAUUAUGCACAGUAAAUCAUCGACAGUAAUGGCUGCCUAUAGCAACACCAAAGCAAUGCAGAUGAACACCUUAGCAACUACUGUACAUAUUCUGUCCAUGUCUUGAGAGACAUAAUGACAUUAAAUGAAUUACCCACUACUACUGACAACAUGUGUAAGAAAAACACAAACUACCAGACAUGGACUAUCCACAACUGCUGCAAUACUGUCUCUCAGCAGGCAUUGAUCAGUCAAAUAAUAAAUAUCAUAUACGUUUGAUUCAGAUUAUGCCUUUAUGGGUAUGAAGUAGAAGGUUUAAUAACUUAAGAUCAGCGUGUUUGUCAUAACUCAUGUUGUUACAGCAGUGGCAAGGAUGAGGUGAGGAUCUAAAAGCAACAGAAGUUCAUUGAAGAAAAACAUAAAGACAAUCUAAGCAGGGAGUGAGAACACAAUCUGAGCAGGAACACGAUUGCAAACACCAAAGGCAAUGACUGACUAAAACACAGGGUUAUACACACAUCAGGUAAACUAACAUGAAGAUAAAGAAAACAAGACACGCUUGAGGGAACAGUUGGCUGCUUCUCAAAUCCAAGAGAGCGAAAGAGUCACUCGAGGACACCGAACGAGAACCGAGAUGUGCGGUGAUCCUCAACUCAUCUUAUGAAGAGCAGUUAUCAACCAAAGCACAAUAAAUACAACAUAACAUCACAAACUAACAUCACAACCUAUUGAACAUUUAUUUCAUAUGAUUUGAUGCGGUGUAUUGAUGAUAUACGUAGAUUAUGCAUGACAUAUGCUUCGUCAAUGUUAAGAUUCUUUUUAAUAUGCUCAUAAAAAUACUGCAGUCUUUCUUCAGGUCAUCACUUUAGCCUAUUAAAAUUAAGAAAAACAGACACAUAUUUACUUUCAUGAGCCGUCACGUAAAUACUUAAAGCUCACAGGUUUCCGUACGUGGGCCGCCUGCAGUGUCUUCUGGGAUUUUUAACGGUUCGAUUCUGUCAAGUCUGCAUUCAACGCAUCCUUGAUCGUCAAGAACUCAUCCGGGUUCUUUCAUGCGUCCUCUGUAUUUCCGUUCUUCAGUAUUGGAUUUGAACUUCGAUAAUGUAGUACCAGAACACGAGGACACAAGAUCGCUGAAGUACACGCACUGAAAAGCAGCCAUUAAGAACUAAUCAGGGUUGCAAUGGUAACAAACAACGGAUAGAGGAACUAAACACAAGAGUAACUCCAACCUUAAAGUCCUUCAGACAGGAAUCAUGACACAUGUGUUGUGUGUUUUAUUUCAGAGUCAGUUCAGAGGAGAAGAUGGAAUGAUUUGAGAGUGAUACACCUGCUGAACACAAUCACACACAAGAAUGCACAUUAAAUAUACCAUUUCUGUCAUCUUUAUUGUGACUCUGGUCAUCAUAGAAAAGGAAAACAACAUUAUCUCAAAAGUGUCUGAUAAACUGAGCACACAGCUAACCCCGAUUCUGUUCGGCCCGUCUCUGUCCGCGCCACACAACGCCUCGGCAGACCAGCACGAGGACCGUCUUCUGGAGAACUCGACCUGGUCCACCCAACAGAGCUCGUCUCCAGCGUCUGCAUCGGGAGGACAGAAACACAUUCUCCUGCUGGCCACCACUCGCACGGGCUCCUCUUUCGUUGGGGAGUUCUUCAACCAGCACGGAUCAAACAUGUUUUACCUGUUCGAGCCGCUGUGGCACGUGGAGCGCAUGCUAUCGGUCGAGUCUGGCGGGACGAACGCCUCAGUCGCUGGGCCGGCGUACCGGGACGUUCUGCAUCAGCUGUUCCUCUGUGAGUUCUCGCUGCUGGAGAGCUUCAUCGAGCCGGCGCCGCAGGAUCAUGUGACGGCUUCGCUCUUCCGCCGCGAGUCCAGCCAGUCGCUGUGUGAGGAUCCGGUCUGCACGCCAUUCGUGAGGAAAGGGUUCGAGCGCUACCACUGUCGUGUGCGGCGCUGCGGGCCGCUAAACCUUACGCUGGCCGCUCAGUCCUGCAAGCAGAAGGAGCAUCACGCCAUUAAAUCCGUCCGCGUGCGACAGCUAGAGACGCUACGUCCGCUAGCCGAGGAUCCCAGACUCGACAUGAAGUUCAUCCAGCUGGUCAGGGACCCUCGCGCCGUCCUCGCCUCUCGAAUGGUUGCCUUCUCCAGCAAGUACAAGAUCUGGAAGAGGUGGGCCGUGGGCGAAGAUCUUCCAGUGGAUGAGGACGAAGUGAGAAAACUCAAAGGAAACUGCGACAACAUCCGUAUGUCUGCUGAGAUUGGACUCAAACAGCCACCAUGGCUUCGCGGACGCUACAUGCUAGUGCGCUACGAGGAUAUUGCACGAUUCCCAAUGCACAAAGCUACAGAGAUGUACAGCUUUAUAGGCAUUCCCUUCAGCGCAACGGUGGAAGAGUGGAUCCAACACAAUACUCAGGCAUCUAAGGAGGUCAGUGGGGUUUAUUCCACACAGAAAAACUCCUCUGAACAGGUGGAGAAAUGGAGGUUCAACAUUCCCUUCAAACUGGUUCAGCUGGUGCAGCAAGUGUGCGGCCCCACCAUGACUCUGUUUGGCUACAAGUUUGCGGAAAACAAAGACAUGCUGAUGAAUAAAUCAGUUAGCCUGAUCGAAGAGAGAACAUUCUUAUGAUGCGACUCAGACUUCAUGAAGAAGAUUGCUGAGAUAUUAGAGGAUGAGGGUUUGACAUUAACACCCACCAACUUCAGCAGUCACUUAAACUAGACUAUUUGGCCGUUUGGAAAUUAUAUGUAAUAAAUAGAUUUUUGUCAAAAAUAUAGAUUUCUCAAUACAUAUCGAUGCUGAAAUAUCUGCAGCUCCUUCAAUACACACGAGACCAGCUGCACUUUAUGUCUCUCUCGUCUCUCCGACAGCGAGUUACACACAAACCCGCCUCUCUUCACUCACUCAUUUCAUUUGCUCCAGAUGAAUAUUGUUGUCGUCACAGGGCUUGAAUUUUAGCAUGGGAUUGUGAAUAUUGGUGUCUUAAAGCACCUGACAUAAAGUCCACUGCAAUUGACGGAAAUUUCCGGCUUUCUGUGUUUUCUCAGUUGUAUGAUGGGGUAUGAACUUUUGAAAGAGUACUGAAUCUCUGGAUCAAAGCACAGGUGAAGAAGAAGCAGAAACAAGCGAUAGCAUAUCUAAGCAGAUGCAUUUGUGAAAUAACGCGACCAUCAACAUUAAACAACAUAUACAUCAAAACUUCCUAAUGUUACUGAAUGAAAUGUAGACUCAGGACGAGAUACAGGACUGUGAAGGUGUUGAUGGACUUGAUCCACUCCAUCUGUGUUUGAUCCUCGCUCUGAAUCUGAUCUGGAUGGAUUCUUUGACAAAAAUGUGUUUUUUUUUUACAGCUUAUUCUCAAAAUGUAGUUUAUUACACUUACCCACAUUCAAGUGUUGAUAAAAAGGGAAUGCAUGAAGCUAGAAUAAAAUGUUAAUUUUUCUAAAUGUUCUGGGGGCAAUGAAACUUGUGUGAAAAUGGUAAAAAACGCUGCCGAUGGCGGGCAACUUUUUUACAAAAUGUUGCCAGGGAAAGAGCUUAUAUAUACCUUUUGCCAAAUUAUGAGUUAAUAUUAAAACAUAUAUGUAUGGCAGUUUCCCCCAUAUUAUCCAAGUCAAAAUAGUGGCCAGUGAAAAUUCCUAGUGGCUAUUAACUUUGGAAAACCACUAGCCAUAGUGGCUGGUGAGCAGAAAAGUUAAUCUGUUGAGGAUCUUUGUGACGUUAUUGAAACGUUAUGCUAAAAAUGUAUUACAUAUCUUCCUUAAGCAGUACUGAACAAUUAAUAUUUUUGACUGAUUGCUAAGUAAGUCAAAAGUGAUGUACACAUGUUAAUUUUUUUGUUAAAAAUGUAAAGUUAGAAAUGAUAAUUGAGUUGAAGUGAGGGAUUGCCUUGAGACACAUAGCAAGUGUUUUCAACUGUAUAUAUUGUAUGUGUGUUUGUUUUGAGGGAAAUGAGCUAACAGAUGUUUCUGGGCUGGUUUUGUAUCUUCAGAUAAUCUUUCCUUCUACCCACUGCUGAGAUCUCAAAGACACAAGGAUUUAAAUGAGUCAUUUCCUAAUUAUAUUUAUACUCUCUCAGGCCAGUUUGUUAUUAUAGUCUUACAACAUAUAGUCUCUUAUAACAUAUAGUCUCUUGUAAUACAACUUUAAAAUUGCCCUUAGGGGAUUAAUAAAAUUCUUAUACUGUAUAAAAAUCUAA